GGUUGGGGUUCUGAUUUGAAAUUAAUUUUAAAAGCCAAAUGAUAAAGUUGCCUUCAUUGUGAGAACACCAUCGAGGAAUAAAAAAUGUCUCACAAACACGUCUUGCAAGCACAUAAAAACAAGUAGAGUUCACUGGUAAGAUUCACAUAUUCUCAAAGUGAAAUCCUUCGGCAAUUUUCCAAAUUUCUGGUCCCCGGGUCAUUUGGUGAAGAUCAAAGGUUCCCUUCUUUGAUAGGAGCCAACAAAUUGCAAUGAGAAGGAAGACUCUUUGUGGAGAAAGCGCUGCUACAUCGAUAAAGCCCGAGCCAGCGCCGGGAACUGGCGGCGAGGUUCCAAUUUUAUGUCAGAAUGAAUACAAUGUAGCUGUGCUUAAAGCAUCACUUGAGAGUAAUCAUGAUCUGGCAGAUGUUAGAGAGGAUGUUUCAAAAGGAAGUAUAAAUAAUGACAUGGGUGAGGGUUCCAACAGAAGCUCUCGUGAAAGUUUAGACGAUGACGAUAUAUGUUUGACUUUUUUGGGCAGAAAAAGCUGUAUCAGUUGUAAUGAAGGUGGAGAAGUAUUAGUUUGUGCUGAGAGAGAUUGCCCUGUUAAUCUCCAUGCAAAAUGUUUAUGCAUUGAACCUAAAUUUGAUGAUAAGGGGAACUUCUUCUGUCCCUAUUGCUGGUACAAACGAGCACGGGCAGAAGCUGAGGAAUCUAGGAGAAAGGCCUUUCUAGCAAAGAAAGAUUUGUCUAAAUUCUUUUUUCAAAAUGGAAUCACGAGUGACAGACUGGCUGAGAAUGAUGUGGGAAUUGAGAUGAGAGAGCCUGAAAAGGUCUCUGUUUUGGGAAAUGGGAGUGGUUUGGAUUAUCAUAAUAGGCCAGGCAAUAAGAGUCUUCACAGUCAGCCUUUGAGGACUUUGCAAGAUGAACAAAAAGAAGGGGAAAUAUCGAUGUCUGGAACUGAUCAACAUGAAAUCGCAGUUGGAGAUAUAGCCAAUGCAAAUGGUCCAGAAGCCAAUUCCUGUGAUUCUAAAUGUUAUAGAGAAGAAGUGACACCUGUACAUAUUGAUCUGGAUCAUAAAUUUGGUAACGGGGAGAAAUUUGAUAUUCUCUACAAUAACAUUUCCAAAACACAUGAAACGAGAUUUGUUGAAGGACAACAGGGAAUUGAACUGGAAGACUUGAGAUAUAAUAAUGAAUAUGCUCAUGCAAUGAUUGUUAAGGAUGCAAAGCCUUUGAGUGCUUUCCGUUUUGGUGAAUCCUUAGAUGGACCCUUGCCUGAUGAUGCAUUUGCCAGAGGGAUGCAAGGUGUUGAAAUCUACUUAGAUAAGUGCAGGGUGAAGGGUAGAGAAAAGUUAGUCCAGAGUGAAUUAAAUCCAUCUGUAACUGAUUGUUCUGUUAGUGAAACUGGUGAUUCAGAUUCUCAGCCUCUCCUCAUGAAGGAGAGUCAUGACAAACAAGGGGAACAAAGAACAUCCUAUACUCGGGGAGUUCCUCCUGUUUGGAAAUCAUUGCCGCAGAAGAGUAUAACUCGGGGUGAAACUGCUUGUUACAAAAAAGAGGAAGUUGCCAAUUCUGAAACGGGGAAGCGCAAGAGAUUAAAUUGGACGGUUGAAGAAGUAAAUAUGCUGAAGGAAGGAGUGUUAAGGUUCUCAAUGGAUCAGCGGAAUAUCCCUUGGAAGAAAAUUUUAGAAUUUGGUUGUCAUGUAUUUCAUAGCAAACGUAACACUGCUGAUCUAAAAGAUAAAUGGAAACAUAUGAGAGUAUGAAUGCCAAGGUAACUUGCUCUCUGUGGUCUUGAUGUAAUAUAUUUCUAGAGCAGCUAAAUAGUUGAGUGUUUGUGUGUUAAUUUUUGGGUCACCACCCUGAUGUUUUGUUACUCUUGGAACUAUAUAAAUAUAUAUAUAUAUAUAUAUAUAUUUUGGAACGAGUGGUUUUUUUAAUGCUCAAGGAAUUUUUGUUCACUGAGUCACAAGCUUGUAGCUUGGAGUUCAUGAGUUCAUGCAACUAUGCAAGAAUCUUAGGUAGAUGAUGGUUUUGCUUUGGAUAUAUCUCAGUUGUGGUGUCAAUUAAUACGAGCAUUGUGGAUGAAGCUGAAGUAUGGAACGUGCUAAAUGGAUGAUCAAUUUAUUCAUGGUUA